AUUAAGAGCGUUCGUUCGUGUUUCCUUCCCUUUUUAAUUAACGAAUCAAUAGAGAAGGCUACAGAGGAAUAAAUCAAGGAAAGUACAAUUGCCGGCGUGAGCCGCCGCGUCAAAAGAUAAAGGAAAAGGACUAUCAUCAUGGAUGGAAAGUCAAGACUUCGAAUAUAUGUAGGAAGAGAGAUCGGACACCGCGAGGACGCGAUGAUGAGCUGAUGAGCAAGGCACAACAGCAGAUGGGCGAAGCUCAUCAGCGCAUCAUCGCAUCCUUAACGUCUCACUUCCGGUCUCACUUCCUAUAUACAUAUAUAUUCGAAGCCUCGACUUUCCAUCCUUGAUGACAUGUGCUUUUCACAUUUUGACGUAAUACCUUGACAAUGGCUGGAACGUUUAACUUGACUAUUGAAAGGAGAUCUUAUUCCUCCGCAUUGAGGAGGAUACAAAUCCAGAAUCGAAACGUCUGCGUUCGUAAUUGUUAUUAUUAACGUUCUUUAACCUUACGUACUAUCUACCUCGCACAUCAGCAAAUAUACUUCCUUUGGUUUUCUUUUUUUUAAUUAAACAUAUUGCUUUAACUAAGGCAACAUAUUGUAAAUGUAAGUAUAAUAUCGAAACGGGCGACAAGAGUGAUGGCCUUGACUAUUUGCCUGUCGCACUCCGAGGUUCUCCGAUGACAAAUGUUUGCCCGUGACAGGAUUAGCAUGUGAAUGACUCGGGAUAUUAAUCCCGUCGUUCUAUGUGCUAAUAACGCCGUUCUCCGAUUAUGCAAACGUACUUGAACGCACCGAGUGGCAAUGACCAUCUGGAUGGGUCCCGCGCUUCCUCACUUCCGCAGGGAACGUCGCAGUUCUUUAGAAGUCCCCUUACCUUUUAUUCCCUAGCGAGACGUGGAUAUUUUGAAACACCACAUUUGAAUUCUCUAAUCGCGAAGUUGACCCUUCGCAUAUUUCUUUCAACUCACCUUCCAGGCUUCGGCUUGGAAUUUAUUUCAAGCUGGCGUGUAGACGAGAAAACGUUUCACGCACAAUUUUCUCCAUUAAAUUUCUCAAGCCGAUUCCUUUAUUAGAUUUCGAAAUUAACCAAUCGAAUAUUUCCAAAUAGAGAUAAUUAUAUUUCUCCCGAGUGUCUCCCUAAUUCAAAUGCCGAAAAUAUGUCGGUAACGUCCAGCCCGUCCGUAUGUCAUUUCGAAGUUUCGAAAGAGGCGGCAAGAAAUUCGACCUCCUCCGAGUACUAAAGUAAUCGCGACCGUGUCGGAAGGAUUAGUGACUCACGUGACACCGGAGUAACCAGCGUCCUCGGGGGGAUCUUGGCCCGCCUCUCCGGUGUCGCGCCUUCGCGAGGUAUAAUCGGCGAGAUAUCAGGCGCAAAUCUCGCGCGAGCUCGCCGUCACCCAAAGUCCACGGUUAUCAACGGAUGGCCCCGAUCACUUCCGGUGCCGCUUCCUACGACGGGCACAUCCGCGCGCGGGGUGGGGCACAGAUUCUUUUUUUUUUUCCCUCCCCGAUGUGUGGAGUAUAAAAACGGGAACGACCCGAGCGGCUGCGUAUCAUUGCAUUCGCGCCCGUUGCCGAGAACUCGCGAAGGUGGUAUAUCUAGUGAUAUACCUAGGACCGGUCACCUCUCGCCGUGUUGGUUCGAUUGAACGUUAACGAUCAUGCCGCGCCGUUCGUUAAUCACCCUCGCGUUCCUCCUCCUGGCGACGUUGACGUCGGCGUGGCCGACCUAUCGCCGUCGGGACGUCUUCGACAACGCCGUGGACAGCCCCGGCGGACUGAUCGCUCACCUGCGGAAUUUCGGCGGUGCGCUCUACGGAUUCCCGAGCAACGAGACGGGGCUGAGGGUGGCGCGUUGGCGCGAGGACAUGGACGUGAACCCGGAGGAGCUUGGCGAGUACGCGGAGGGUGACAUUCUGUUUCCGCCGAGCAUCGGGAGAAACGGCCUCGCGACCGUCUCCGCCCGGUGGCCCAACGGCGUCAUUCCCUUCGUGAUCAGUCCUUAUUUCAACGCGCAGCAGCAGAGAGUUAUAUACGACGCAAUGGACGACUAUCACAAGUACACGUGCAUCAGAUUUAAGCCGUACACGGGCGAGGAAAGCGAUUACGUCAGAAUCACAGCCGGUAAUACCGGAUGCUGGAGCAGCGUGGGCAGAAUUGGCGGCCGGCAGGACGUAAACCUCCAGGUGCCCGGUUGCCUGACGCAGAAGGGCACGGUGAUACACGAGCUGAUGCACGCCGUCGGCUUUUUGCACGAGCACAGCAGAUACGAGCGGGACGAUUACGUGGACAUUCUGUGGAACAAUAUCGCGAACGGACACGCGCACAAUUUUAAUAAGGCUCCCCCGGAGGUCACCUACGCUUUCGGCGUCGGUUACGAUUACGGCAGCGUAAUGCACUACUCGUCAACGGCCUUCUCCAGGAACUACCAAUUAAAAACCAUUGUACCCAAAAGACAGCUGGACGGCGGCAUUUUGGAUCUUAUUGGCGGAAUCUUCCAGGGUAACAGCGAAGUAAAGCUCGGUCAACGGGAGGGAUUCAGCAAGAAAGACAUUCUGAAAAUCAGAAGGAUGUACAGAUGCGGCAAGCGUACCGGCAUAGUCGGUUACGUCGACAAUCAGUACUAAUGAAUGAACGCCGGCGGUGUUUAACGUGCGUCCACGUGUGUGUUGGCGCAAGAGAAAUAAAAGAAAAGACGUUCUUGAUUAGAUUUAAUUAAUAAGAAUUUUCGCGCGUAAUAAGAAAGAAAGAACAUCUAGUCUUAUGUGCAAAGUUUACGAUUGUAAAAAGUUGACAGCAAGUACAAACAGUAUUAUUAUACGUUAAUUAUUGUCAUAUAUUUUAUUACAUUAAAAUUAUUAUGAAUGUAUCUCUGUAUUUUACAAAGUUAUAUAAACUAACUUUUUAAAGUUAUAUGAUGUAAUACACACAAAUAUGCAUAUCACCUAUGACGUCUUUCUCAUUGACUUUUUUAUCUUCUUCGUUAUAUCUUUUUUGUUGGUCGUUAUCAAAUAUUAAUUAAAUAUCAAAAUUUAUAAAUAAAACGAACGAAACGUUCUGGAAAUUUUUAAUCGUUGAAAAAGAGUAUUACGUAAGUCUCCCUGGCGUAGUCAGAAAAAUGUGACGUUUCACGAAUAAAAUAUAUCAUUUAUCUAUUUGUUAAUACACAUAUUUUCAUUUAAAUCUACACACAACAUGUAUUUUUUAUUACAUAAUAACAAGAUUUUUUGUUAAAUUGGUUUUGAUAGAAAUUUAGAGAAAAUUGGCAAUUAAAUGAUAUUAAAAGUUAUUAAAGUUUAUUAAAAGUUAUUACAUUUAAUGAUACUUUUUAAAAUUAUUACUUGUUCUAGUUGUGUACGGAAACACAAUUUUCAAAUUAUAACGGAGCGACUCAUAAACAUAUAAUUUAUUAAAUGUAAAAUAAAAGUUUAAAUUAUAAUAUAAAAAAUUAUUAUUUUG